CUCAAAACCCCGAUCUGCAUGUGCUUUUACAACCUAUUAUACUCAACUACACGGUAUAGAUGGCCAUUCAACUUCUCUCAAUAUGACACAAAUCAUCUCCCAAUAAUCAGCGCUUCGACACCUUGCUAAUCCGUAGCCUCCAUGGGCUUCGCUUUCCUCAUCUUGGACAAUCAUGCAGAGUGAAUGGAUGACAAACACAACAAACGCCAAACACCAUGGCUACAACUCGUCGCAGUUAUUUCGAUGGCAUCUCAUUCUGAGCCUCAUCUUUCAACACGUCCGCAUCUGCGCCACCAUGACACCAAAAGAGGCCCACGAUAGGAUCCUCAUUCGCUUACAACAAGAAUACUAUCCUCUACGCCAAACCCCGACACUGUGCCAUCUAGGAAUCCAGGCUCUAGUCCUGGCCCGAUAUGUCUGGCUAGCUACAAAGAUGCUCUUCCUAGAGCUAUAUCUGCUGGACCUAGCCUUCUGGAAAAUUCAUUGUUAUGCUCGACGGAGGAGUUUUCUACCCCAAUACACAAGGAUUUUCUCUCCUGGAUUUCACAGACUCGCAGUUUUAGCACCGCUCCCACCCUCCAGGUUUCGUUACUUGAUGGCGAGAAUCGUAGCGGGCAUUUGGUAUUGGUGGGCGAGCUUCCUUAGCGUCCCGCUGAUAGCGUGGAUUGUGUUCAACGCAGCCAAAUUAUAACACAUAUAGGCUGUUCAAAAGUACUUACAGCCCAAACAUGUUCUCAUAAUAAUUUGCACACGAAGUAUUUGCCGUCGAAGAAGCCGACUUCUUUAUCAGAUGCGGAGAGACAGUACUAGCGUGAGGCCGGGAACUGUACGCGGAUAUAACGCUUACAAACCGGAAGGGUAAAUGCAAUGCAAGAGGCUGUAUAUGCAAUGGUUUACUCCACUAACAGACAAAGCGAUGUCGCAAUCA